AUGACCAAGAUCUUCCUUACCGGCGCUACUGGCUACAUUGGCGGUGAUGUCCUCCAUACGCUGUUGAAGUCGCACCCUGAAUACAAAGUUCGAGCCUUGGUUCGCGAUGCUUCGAAGGGAGCAGCCAUAACCAAGAGCUAUAGUCAGGUGCAGCUCGUGACUGGCGAACUUGACGACACAGAUGUUAUUGCACAGGAAGCCCGGGAUGCUGACGUUGUGCUCCAUCUCGCGGCCACCGGCCACUUGAAGAGUGUCCAGACCAUCUACGAAACUCUCUCGAAAAGGCCUGAUAGUGCGAAACCCCCAUAUUACAUCCAAAUCUCAGGCGCCAGCGCGUUGGCGGCUGGUGAGCUCGCCGACAAGUCGCGAGUCUUUGGUACAGGCAGUGAUGUCAUCUACAAUGAUCUUACUGGUAUCGACUCAAUCAAGUCGCUCAUCAAGCAAUACCCAAGCCGCGCAGUGGACAACUAUGUCUUUUCCGUUUCGGAGCAAAACUCGAAUGUAAAGACGGCGCUUGUUGUUCCUCCCAUCAUUUACGGCCGAGGUCGUGGUCCCGGCAAUCAGCGCAGCAUACAAAUUCCCGGGCUCGCCAAAGCGACAUUGGAGCGCAAGAAGGGUCUGCAAGUUGGCUCUGGUGAAAGUCGCUGGGGGAACAUUCACGUCGCCGAUUUGAGCCGCAUCUUUCUCAGCUUGGUUGAGAAGGCGGUUGAGGGCAAUCAAGAUGAGAACAUUUGGGGAGCAAAUGGACUCUUUUUCACGGGUGCUGGAGAAUUGUCAUUUGCCGAGAUUUCACGUCGCAUCGCUGUCGCUGCAAAUGACUUUAAUCUCAUUCCGACCACAGAAGUUGACAAUCUCGAUGCAAAGGAGAUAGACAGCAUCAUUCCCCACGGUUCUGUCCUGUUGGGAACAAACGCGCGCGCCGGAGCUGAUCGGGCUCGAAAGAUCCUCGCCUGGCAGCCAGAACAUGAAAGCUUGGAAGAGUAUAUCCCAACCACAGUAAUUCAAGAGGCCGAGGCACUUGGCAUUAAGGGUAAGAAUCCCAAAUCCAAGCUUUGA